AUGACUGGACGUACCAAACACCCGCGUAGGGCGAGUACGAGGGUGUCGUACGCCGUCGCACGCGAUUCCGAGGACGAGGGAGGAGAGGAAGAGAGGGAAACUGAUGAGGAGGUUGUCCCGAAGAGGCGCGACAAGGGCAAGGGCCGUGCGAUUGAGGUCUUCGACUCGGAUGAGGGUGAGGAGGACGAGGACGAGACGAGCGAGGACGACGCGAGCGACUGGGAGGAGUCGCGGAAGAAGACGAAGAAGUUCAAGUCGACCGACAGGAAGGGCGGCAAGGGUGGAGGAGCCGGGGCGGUGAAGAAGGGAGGGAAGAAGGGCAGGGACGUCGGGAGGCUCGAGGUCAUGAAGAUGCUCCCGCUCGAGUUGCUCGUCGAGAUCUUUUCGCACCUCGACCCGAAUGACCUCCUCGCGCUCAGCAUGGUCAACAAGCAGUACCGCUCGCUCCUCACGUCGCCGGGCUCGAAGAAGGUGUGGGAAGCGUCGCGCAAGAGGCUUGGGAUGGACGACGCGAACGCUGGUGACUUGACGGAGUGGCAGUAUGCGCAACUUGUCUACGGGAGGGUCUGCCAGGACUGCGGCGCCAGGAACAUUCAGCACGCAGACUUCUACCUCCGCAAGCGCCUCUGCUCUGGCUUCCGCAUCAAAAGAGUCGUCGACCUCGGCUCGCUCAGUCGCGUUCAUGCCAAGCUCGCGGCGAAGCUUCACCCGAAGACUUUCGCCUUCAAGGUCGAACCGCAAGUCCAUCAUUGGCGCAGGAAAAUGUCCGGUAUCGACGGCGAGCGCGCCCACCUCGACGAUCUUCUCGCCUACGAUCGCAUCCUCCGCGACCUCGAGCUGCAAGAGGAAGACGACUUGAUCGCCGCUGGCGAAGAGACCCCUCGUCGUGCGCCCAAGACGGCGCCUGCACCUCCUCCUGCGCCAACAUCCGCGCGCACCACUAGGCGUCGAGGCUCGAGGCCCAGCUACCGCGAUGAGAGCGAGUCGGAGGACGAGAAGCCGGAGUCGGCCCGCGUCGUCGAGUACGUCAAAGGUCGACAGGCGAUUCGCAAGGCUAUCGCGAAGGACGCCGAAGUCCUCAACAACGCUCAAAGGAGGGCGCAGGCUCAAUUGGACCUUGCGCGCGAGCUGAAGGCUCAGCAGAAGGCGCAAGGUCCGAGCUGGGCUCGUAGGGAGGCCAUCUUCGCUCGGGUCGUCGACCAAGGCUUCAAGCGAGUCGACAUCGACGCUUUGCGUGGACCGGUCGUCGACGAGACGACACCGCUCACCGACGAGCUCUGGAAGGACAUCGAAUCCAGCGUCAUUCAGUCUCUCAAACGCCAACGCAAGAAGCGUCUUGCGCUAGAAAAAAGAACACGCCAGAUCUCGGCGCAAAAGUCGCUUCGCCAGUACUACAACGCCUUCAAGCAGUCGCUUCCGUCUUCCGCACAGCCGUUCGUCCCUCUCUUCCUCGACUUUCUCGCCUUGCCGUCGGUCAAGGAGCUUUGGCAGGCGGGCGAGAGGGUCGUGGCGGAGAAGUGGGAAGCUCAGCUGGACGCAAUCCGCGAGGAAGUCGAGCACUUCCGCCUCGACCUGGCCCUUUACGCACGACAGGUCAUCCUCGCCGUGACGACUGACCCCGACAAGGCGGAAGACGCUUGCGAUUCGCCGGCCGAUGAUGGCGCCGGUCUCGACGAUGCUUUCUUCAACCGCGCUACGUCGAUCGUCUGCUGCGACUUCCCGAACUGUCCUAUCAAGGUCAAGGGCCCCUACGGCAGCUACUGGGACUUCUGGGGCAACGGCUAUAACGUCGAACGGCGUCCGCGCAGGACCUACGAGAGGCGCGAGGACGCCAUCGGCACUCUCGUCGCGGUCCUCGAGCACCAGCACGCCGACCACAACUCGGACACCCACCUCACCAAGGCGAGCCAGUUCUCCGCCGAGCCUCGCUUCCGCAUCACGCUCCCGCUCGAGGUCGCCUGCGCCAUUUCGGCUCUUAUCGACCUCGGCAACCUUGACUACGAGUCGGCCACCAAGAGCGAUCUCGACGAGCUCAACAAGGAGCACAACUUUGAGUGGGAGAACUCGAAGACGUACCAGCGCUUCUUCUAUGGGGACGACGCUUGGAAGGACCUCAUGUUCAUGGUUAAGCGUCGAGGAGAAAAGCUGGCGAAGCUCAAGGAACCCGAAGUCCUCGACCCGCCCUGCAUCGUCAUGAAGAAGUCGAGCUGGAAGCUCGAGCGUCGAGCCAGUAUAGCUAGCGAGGCCGCAAAAAAGGACGGAGAUGGAGCGCAUGACUCGGCGUCGGGUCAAGCUCGCUUGUCUGCCGAGUCGUCAGGCGAUGGCAAGGAGCCGUCCAUCAAGGUCCGCAACAGCUCGUCGGCGCCAGGUUAUAACGUCUUCGGGGGUGACGACUCCGAGGAGGACGACCAGGCCAGCGAGGAUGAGCAGCCGGCUCAGCGCAGCGUCAAGGUCGAGCGCGACGACUCGUCGGUCGGUAGCAGCGAGGAGGACGAGUGA